AUGGCAAAAGAAGAGCAAGAUCUGUUGAAGCACAACGGAAAAGACAAUAACAACAAACAACAAAAUCAGCGUGAAAUUGGCCAUCAUCAACCUGACGAUCAAGAAGUUGUCUUGGAAAAUGAAUAUGAUGGAGACUUCUGGAUUAAAGUUCGCCAAAAGCAGAAUAAUGGACUAUCAUGGAGUAGUGCCAUGGAUGCAGUCAGUGUUGAGAGACUGAUUCAAAGAUUCAGAGAUAAUGGGGAACUGGAAAACGAGGAUCCAGCACUUUUGUUGUUAAAACAGUGGCCAGAGUGUAAAAAGUACAAAGAUAACCCUGAAAAACUUGCAGGCUUGGAACAGAAGAUUAAUCGCCUUUUGGAGAUCAUGUUAGGUAGUGAACUGAACUUUAAAAACAGAUAUCAGACUUUCAGAGAUGAAACAGUCAAAACAAAGAAGACUUUGCUGCAUUAUGCUGCAGAACUUGGGUUUUUACAUGUCACUAAGACACUUGUGAAGAAAUGCCCAGUACUUCUUACUUUGAAGACAAAACAAGCCAAGAAGAAAAGAGCCUUGUUAUCAGUUGAGUUGGCUCUGUUAGCAGAAAAUGAUGAAGUGGCAGCAUACUUGGUCAGAAGUAUGUGGCACAAAAGAGUUCAGGGAUUAUUUUAUUGGAGAACUGAAGUGAAUGUAACAAAUCCUCAGCCAUCUUUCUUCAGUUUCAAGUCCAUUAUUGAGAAUCCUAACAUGAGGAAGACAGUAAUAGCUGUGCUAGACCAGAUGAUGAAUCCCCACUGGCCACACCUUCCAAAACACAAAGACAGCUAUGAAAAUGAAAAAGAGAAGGAGGUAGUUGAGGGUGCCUGGCGAACAAUCACAGAUGAUCCUUUGGACUAUCAUUUUUAUUAUCAUAUUUUGGACGGUGAUGAGGGAGGACGGCCCCCAAAAGUGAUGAUGCCAGGAGGACAUGCACAGACAGAAAACAAAUAUUUCAACUGGAGGGACAAGUCUUGUUUACAUGUCAUUGCAAAGAGCAGGAAUAUGGAGGCACUCCAACAUCCUGUGGUCAGAAUGCUGGUUAAAGCAAAAUGGAAAAGUUAUGGACACUUCUUUCUCAGCCUUCAAGCAGCAUUGUAUGUGAUCUUCUUGCUGUGUUUGUCAUAUUCUCUGCUGAGUGCUUCCACAACAGUGGACCCCACUCAAUAUGGGGGUGAAGCAGAUUCACUGCGUGGUUUUUGUGAGAUUUUCACCCUUAUUAUGGUGGUCUUUUACAUAUGUGAAGAAAUUAAUCAAAUGAGAUUAGAGGGGAAGUCGUACUUCACAGAAUGGAUGACCCUGUUUGACUGGUCAGGCCUGUUGCUGAUCCUGUGUAUUAUACCCUCACGGUACACACAAAGUAAAGCUCAGUGGCUUGUGGCAUCUUUAGCUUUCUUGUUCAACUUCCUGAGGAUCUUUAAGUUUUCUUGCUUGACAAGGACAACCGGAUUAUACACAAAAACCUUGGCUAAGAUCAUUUUGCACGAUGUGACAAGAUCCAUCGCGGUUUUUAUUGUUAUCUUCUUCUCCUUCUGUGGUGCUUUGUCUUUAUCGCUCUGUUACUCCGAUGAAAACCAACAGUUUAGUGACUUCGGAGAUGUGUUACUGAGUGGCUUUCGCGCGCUCUCUGAACAAAGACCAAUUGCUUACGAUUAUUCAAAUUUCAACUGGCUCUCCAUUCUGUUAAUGAUGGCCUACAUGGGGAUCGUGAUAGUGAUUCUACUCAACAUUCUCAUUGCACAAAUGAGUACGACCUACACACAGGCCAAGAAAGUCGCCCGUCUGGAAUAUGAUGUGGAUCGUAUUCUACAACUCACACGCAUGGAGAGAUUUCCUUUUCUGAAUCUGCGCGUGAAGUAUUACAAAGAGGGAGACUGGAUCAGUGAAAUGAAACUCGCCCAAGAUCUUCUUGAAUUCAGUGAAGAUCGCAGCCCUUGGGAGUCGGUGGAAGAGAAACUUACUGCGAUUCGGGAUAUGAUGAGGAAGAUGGUGAAACAGAUGAGGCCUGGAAUCGGAUGAAUGGAGCUUUGUGUGCCCCAGUCCCCUUUUUAUG